AUAUGCUUCAGUUUAAGAUAUUUGACCCAAACAAUAAAAGAUAUGAAGUUCCAGUUCCAUUAAAUAUCCCAAGCAUUCCAACAAGUACAGAGCAAGGAAGACUGUAUGAUGUAGAAAUCGCCAACAAUCCAUUUGGAGUUGUGAUUAGAAGACGGAGCACUGGAACAGUUAUCUGGAAUUCUCAGCUCCCUGGAUUCACCUUCUCAGACAUGUUUAUCCAAAUUUCAAAUCGCUUGCCUUCUUCUUAUAUAUAUGGACUUGGAGAAACAGAGCAUGAGUCAUUCCGAAUUAACCUGGAUUGGAAUACCUGGGGAUACUUUGCUAAAGACCAACCUCCUGCA